GGUCCAGCGGGUGUACUGGUGAGCGGUCUGUCUGGGGGUCCCCACCCCUCUGGAGGGAAUUGGGUGACAUUCCGAUCCUGAGAAUGAGACCCCGGUCCUCAGAGACAUUAUAAGAUGUCUCUAUCCCCGCGGUUCCGGGUCUCGGCGGACGGUUCUGUGCUGAGGCGUCGUGUCAGUGGUUCUGCUCAUGAGGCGGUGACACAGUACAGGACGCUAGAGAAGUCAUCUGGAGCGUCGUUACUGGAGCUGCGGCCGCUCACAGGAGUGAAGCAUCAGCUCCGGGCUCACCUCGCCAUGGCUUUGAACUGUCCUGUUCUUGGAGACCACAAGUAUUCCCACUGGGGGCGCCUGGCUCCGCAGAAGCUGCCGCAGCCCCUGCUCCGCGCCCUCGGCCUGACGUCACCGCAGACCCGCUCCCUUCUCCUCCAUCUUCAUGCUGCCCAGAUCACACUGCCAUCCACCGCUGGGCGUGACCCCGUUGUUUUGCACUGUUCUCCCCCUAAACACUUCCUGAGGACUCUCCGUAAACUGCAGAUCCCGGCCCCCCGCCUGCAGCACAGUGAGGACCCCCCAGAAGACGAGGCCACUUAGACUGUGGAGGGGAGUGGGAAGAUUUUAUUUAACAUUAGACAAUAAAAACCUUCAAGCAUAGUAAGCCCAGAGAAAGAUGGCGGCGCUCAUCAUCAUCAGGGCGUUGAUGUUCACCAGCCGGGCGUGUUUGGGGUCCUCUUGAAUAUUGGGGAGCACACGGUCCUGUGGAGUGG